GGAUGCAGCCCUGCCCUGCGCUCUUCCUUUGCUAAAGGCCAACCCCGAAGGCUUCAGAAUCAUGAGAAUGCUUCUGCGCUUGGGCGUUCUGACUCUCGCCUGUGUCUGGGCCGUCGCUAUGGAGAUUCCCAUGAGCACAGUGGUGAAAGAGACCUUGAUACAGCUGUCCACUCACCGAGCUCUGCUAACCAGCAACGAGACGGUGAGGCUUCCUGUUCCUACCCACAAAAAUCACCAGCUAUGCAUCGGAGAGAUCUUCCAGGGGUUAGACAUACUGAAGAAUCAGACUGUCCGUGGGGGUACCGUGGAAACGCUAUUCCAAAACUUGUCACUAAUAAAGAAAUACAUUGACCGCCAAAAAGAGCAGUGUGGCGAGGAGAGGCGCAGGACGAGGCAGUUCCUGGAUUACCUGCAAGAGUUUCUUGGUGUGAUGAGUACUGAGUGGACAAUGGAAGACUGAGACUGAGCGGGCUCUGUGAAGACAGGACUGCAGAUCUCGAGUUGAUUUUUAAACUGAUGCAUAAA